AAGCUUGCCUACGUAACACGCGGGCUUUCCGCGAACUGCAAAAGUACUGUAAUCCUUCUGUGUGAUCUUAAUUCUUAUUACGCGCUUGGAACCUUUGCCACCGAACGAGUCUGGAAACGCGCACCAUUUUAUUCUCUUCAAUUAGCAGCAAUACUCCCGAUCACAACCACGAACUUGAUUUUUGUUUUUCUUUAAAUAACCAAUAACUGAUCCAAAUCUCUCUCUCUCUCUCUCUCUGCAAAUUCUCUUUUUCAUCCGGUGUCCUCCAAACAGAAGAUUAAGCCCAAGGUAUACAAGAACCCGAAUCAAAAUAUUUUUGGGUGUGAGAAUUUACUGGCUUGUUGAGAAGAUGAAAUUCGGGGAGACUUUCACGGAGUACCUGCACGGUGACCAGGAGUGGUUCUUGGAAAAAUGUUCUCAUGUCGAAUAUAAGAGCCUCAAGAAAGUUCUAAAGACCUGUCGGAGUUGCAAACCAUUGGGUGAUUCCUGCAAAUCGGAAUGUCAAUUGUGUGAUCAGAAGUUCUUUUCUGAGCUGACGAAGGAAGCUUCGGAAAUAAAUGGAUGCUUUAGUUCAAGAGUGAGGCAUCUCCUUGAUCUUCAUGUUGCCUCCGGAAUGCAGGGAUAUUUAUUGCGUUUGCGUCGUUAUUUCAAGAAUGAUCAACAGGCAAUGGUACUAGAAGGACGGAUGCUGGUUGAAUAUGUUACAAUGAAUGCGAUUGCAAUCAGAAAAAUCCUUAAGAAGUAUGAUAAAGUUCAUUGCUCAGAAAAUGGGAGGAAUUUCAAAUCCAAAUUGCGGGCGGAACACAUUGAGCUUUUGCAAUCUCCUUUGCUCAUAGAAUUGGCUGCUUUUUAUUUGAGUUUCAACGGAGAAAAAAAAGGAGAGUUUAAUGAGUUUUCUAGCCAGUUUUCUUGUGAUUUUGAUGCAACCCCACCUGUAAUGAAAUUGAGACUUCCGCAUUCUAUAAAGCUAGAAUAUGAUCUGACUUGCGCUGUUUGCUUGGUAAGAACCUUCUUUUCAAUUGCAUUCUGGGGAAAUAUCUUUUGCUUUUGCCCGCAUUCUCUUAUAUAUGUGUAUUUAAUUAUGCCCUCACAGGAUGUUGUUUUUAAUUCAUACGCAUUGAGUUGCGGCCAUCUUUUUUGCAAGUCAUGUGCUUGCUCAUCUGCUUCUGUGUUGAUCUUCCAAGGCCUUAAAACUGCAAAUCCGGAGUCGAAGUGCCCAAUUUGCAGACAGGUUGGAGUAUAUGCAAAAGCAGUGCACAUGGUAGAACUGGACAUGCUAUUGAAAAAAAGGUGUAAAGACUAUUGGAAGGAGAGGUUUGCUGCAGAACGUGCCGAGACGACGAAACAAUCCAAGGAGUUUUGGGAUGCAGAGGCCAAGUAUUUAAUUGGGUAUUGAUCAUCGUGUGGUUCUCUCAUGAUAAAACUUGAAAGUUUUCAAUCCUAGUACUAAGCAUUUGCAUGUGGUGGGAUUUUGGUGGUGCUUGGUGUAUCUUUGGUGACAAUGUCCAUGCUUUUAGUUUUAACUCACGAGGAAGACAUCUACUUUCCCCCGUGACCAUAUCAUCAGUUAAUUUGCAA